ACGGUGUUGGGAAUGGUCGCCUCGAAUUUAAUAGGACGAGGGGAACCGAUACUGCAUCCAUCGCCAUUGGUGUACUUGUAGCUGGUGUAGCUUCGGAAGGGGAGACACGUUAGGGUUUCACUGAGCUUCCAUGGAGCUGAGAUCUCGGCGCUGCCCGUCCGAGCAGCCUAGCGGCGGACCAGACUGCAUCAGCGUCCUUCCCGACGACCUGCUCCUCCUCAUCCUCGCCCGACUCGGAUGCGCCGGCGCCGCCGCGCGCACCGGCGUCCUCUCCCGCCGGUGGCGCGGCCUCUGGCCCCGCCUCCGCCAGAUCGUCUUCCGCGACGUCCCCUACGCUUCGCUCGAAGCGGCGCUCGGCGGCGUCUCUCGCCCCCCUCCCCCGGUUUCCCUCCUCGAAUUCCGCGUCCCCGACAAGCGUCUCCCUGGGCAUCGCAGGCCCGACUCCGCCGGCAUCAACUCGCUGCUGCUCGCCGCAGCGGGGCUCGAGCCGGAGGCUCUCGUCGUGGCUCUCCCCUCGCACUUAAUAGGCUGUACCCUCGUCCUCGACCUGCCUUACUUCCACCGCGCCGCCUCCAUCGUGCUAGACAUUUGUUCCAUCCUCAGCGUGCCUGCCGGCGUCGAGUUCCCCGCGCUCGAGACGCUGUCUUUGUCGUGCUUCCUUCCCGACCUUGACUCCUUCAUCCCCUGCUGCCCGCGCUUGCGCACGCUCCGGCUUGGCAGCCUCUUUUUGGGCGUCCUGCGCCUCAACUCUGUGUCGCUGCAGGAGCUUGUGGUGGAUCGCGAGGCAGGAUUGACAGACCAUAUCAGCAUCGUUGCCCCCGUGCUCAGGCAAUUGACCAUGUCCUUCAUAUCCUCGAACCCCAGCAUCUCCGUCUCGGCACCAAUGCUGGAGAAGGUCUCAUGGCGCUGCUGCUAUACCGACGGCUCUAUUGUGUUUGGUGUUUGGCUACUCGAGGAGGUGUUACUACGGACGACAGAGACACUAGGGCAACUCCCUUCGCUGCACAUUCAUUUUGGCGCCAGCUCGUCUAUUUUUCAUGGUGAAGUGGAUACCCUUACUCAGGAGAUAGAAAAGCACAUGAUUGCUGAGUUUUCUGUUUUGGAGCUACAUCUCAAAACAAGUGGACAUGUGUUUGGAGCACUCACGAUUCAUCUCCUUGGGAUGAAUCGACUUUGUACUGCUAUGCAGAAGAUUAAGGUCAUCCUACAGAGAUCAGCGGUGAAAGAAAGAUGCUCACCAGAUUGUCCAUGUGAGUCCUCGGGCUGGAGAGUCCAAACUAUUUCCUUGACCGCUCUCGAAGAAGUGGAGAUCAACGGCUUUGAAGGAGACAAUCAUGAGCUUGAUUUCUUGAAACUGGUACUCAGAUGUGCACCAAUGCUUAAAAGAAUGAUUGUGAAGCUGUCAGAUAAGGCCUCAGCAAGUAACUAUAGACGCACAAAACUAUACAACAUCUUCAGGGCCAAUUCAUCCGUGGAAUUCUAUGUCUAUCUUAGCUCCGGGUUAAUGCACGGUAGCCAAAAUUGCCUCUCUACAUGAUUCUCAUCCAUGCAUCUGUGGACAUGUGUUGUGCAUCAACAAAACCGCUCUUUCCUGCGAUGGCCAACUCUGUUACCUGUGUUAGGAUUUUGCUUUGUUUUGCUUCAACCGAUUAUCUUAGGUGUUGUUUUGCCAGUGUACUGAAGCUUCAUAUGUGGCUCUAAGUGGCACACUCUUAGUUAAUUUCUGAAUGGUUCCUAUGCCAUUCAGUAAUCGAAGUUAAUGCACUCAA